CUUUGUUGCCCUUGUAAUUCGUAACUGCUCUGUCAUCUUUCACCCGGAUUCUACGACAGACCGUAACUGUAUCAAGAUUACCGCCGGAGAGGUUCUCAUUGAAACGAGCGUAACAGAAGAGGUUGACAAAGAUCUAUGAUACAUAGAUAAGAAG